CAUGCAGGAGGGGCCGAGUCAGAUGCCGCUGGAAUUGUGACCCGGCUCUAUUUCUUAUUGCUUCAACUCACGAUCCAUUCGAUUCAUUCUCCCCAUUCACAUACACACUACCUCCAUCAUGUCAACAGAAACAUCUGCUACCGCGCUCGUCUUGCACGGCGCUAAGGAUCUCCGUCUGGAAAAACGCACCGUCCCUGCCCCAACAGGCGCAGACAUCCAAGUCGCCGUCACAGCCACCGGCCUCUGCGGCUCCGACCUGCACUAUUACUCCCACGGCCGCAAUGGCGAUUUCGUUGUACGCGCGCCUAUGUGUCUCGGCCACGAAUCCGCCGGCACAGUCACAGCCAUCGGCCCCGAAGUAACAACCUUCAAAGUCGGCGACCGUGUCGCCCUCGAAGUCGGCCUUCCCUGCCGUACAUGCGCCCUCUGCAAACAAGGCCGCUACAACAUCUGCGCGAAGAUGCAGUUCCGCUCUAGCGCAAAGGCCUUCCCCCAUCUCGACGGUACCCUCAUGGAACGCACCAACCACCCAGCUGCCAUGUGCCACGCUCUCCCGGCCAAUGUCUCCGACGCGGGCGGUGCGCUCGUCGAGCCGUUGGCUGUCUGUCUGCAUGCCAUUCGUCGCUCGCGUCCUCCUACCAAGGACGAAGUAGCCCUGGCUCGUAGCACGGGCGAAGGAACUGCGGCGCUGGUCUUCGGCGCCGGCGCAAUCGGUCUGCUCAUCGCUUCCGCGCUCGCGGUAUCCGAGAACUUCGAUACCAUCGUCGUAGCCGACAUCGACGCCUCGCGUCUCGAAAUCGCAGCCUCCCUCGGUCUCGGCCUGAAGACAUCUCUCAUCCCCCGCGGCGAUCCCGCAAACCCACCCCCUCCCAAGGACGCCCCGCACGCAGACCAGACAGCCUGGGCUCUUCAGAACGCCCAGAACGUCGCUGCAUCUCUCACCCAAGCUGCGCAGGCCGAUGGCGUCCCGCCUGUGUCAGGCUUCAGCCGCGUUUAUGACUGCACAGGCGUCCCUGCUUGCGUGCAGGCUGGGAUCUACGCCUCCGCACCGGGCGGUGUCCUUGUGCAGAUUGGUAUGGGUAAUCCCAUCCAGACUCUGCCCGUUGGUGCCGCGGCUCUGCGUGAGGUUGAUAUCAUUGGUGUAUUCCGAUAUGAUGGGUAUGCGUACCCGGCUGCUAUUGCCCUGCUGGCUAGUGGCAAGAUGAAGAGCACCGAGGAGAAGGUUGUGACGCACCGAUUGUCUCUUGAGGAGGGUGAGCGGGCGUUUACGCUUGCUGGCAAGGGUGUUGAUGAGGAUGGGAAGCCUGUGGUUAAGGUUAUUAUUGAGAAUAAGCCGCAGGCUCUGGGUCGGUUGUAAAAAAUGAUGAUGAUGUGGGGAUGGACCGGGGGCUGAGGGCAGUUUUAUUUUUGUGAUGACGUUGAUGACUCUUUUGAAAAAAAUACCCUUUGUGAUAGUAGUUGGGGGGUGAUGGAGAUUGGUUGCAUGCGCCGUCGACUGGCGCAAAUUGAUAGUUUCUGUUUAUAGCCUAGAAUGCAU